AACACCGGAGCGCUGCGCGUUCACGUGUCUGGGCAUCACCGUUAUUGGCUGCAGUGCUGUUUUGCGGUGACCAUGGUCUCUGCGCUCUUCGUGUCGGUGGCGCUCGCUGGCUUGGCGCGUGUGUGCUGGGCGGUAGGUGCGGUGAUCCGCUGUGAGCCGUGUGACUCCGGUGCGCGGACGCUGUGCGAGCCGGUACCGGAGGACUGCGCGGAGCGGGUGCGGGAGCCGGGUUGCGGCUGCUGCGUAACGUGCGCACUCUCGGCGGGGCGGCCUUGCGGAGUUUACACAGGACGGUGCGGGACGGGACUGGUCUGCCGCCACCGCCCAGGAGAACCGAGACCCCUGCACGCGCUGCUGGAGGGCCGUGGGGUGUGCGUGAACGAGACUGGGUUUCCUCCUGUCAGCGCCCGGGAAGUCGCCAGUGCCAGGAUGCCCGAGGAAAAUUCCAGCACUAACACAAUGAGUCCCUCGGUGCCGGAGCAGUCGACCAGUGUCCUUGCCUCCCACGGCUGGCGUUAUCCGCCCUUCGCGUUUCCUUCCAAGGCUGAGGACAUCCGACGUGAGAAAUUCAGGAAGAGCACAAUCUUUAAAAUGAAUGAAUCUCCCACUGUACCCACCGCCAACCAUCAGAACUUUUCCAAGCUGGAUCCAGAGUAUGGUCCAUGCCGAAGGGAAAUGGAGGGAAUUCUCAACACCCUGAAGAUCACAGACAUGCUAAACCCAAGAGGAUUUCGCAUUCCAAACUGUGACAAAAAAGGAUUCUACAGGAAAAAACAGCGUAUCUAAUUUCUGCCUGUCCAUCGAUCUCUCACUAUUGCUGGUCCCUGCUCCUGAUUGGGGAGGACGAGGCUGCUCCACACCCCCUCCGACACGUGCACAGCAAUCGAACAUCUUAUCACCUACACUUGACGAAUGCAGUGCAGUACAGCGCUGUGUACAGGGAGCCACACCCUCUACCGCCCUCCUUUUCCAUCUCCGUGCAGGCGCCACCAACCAGCCAGCAGAGGUCGUAAUCACACUAGUCUGAGAGAGAGUGCCCAUUCGUUGUUCAUGUGGCCGCUCAGCCUCAGCCGGCAGGCAGAGCCGACAUCUCAGCUCUGGUGAACAGCGUGUGUCUUUACCGCUGCGCCACCUGAGCAGCCUCUGUAUUGUACUUUUAAGUUCAGAAUUACAAAUGGCUUUAUUUUAUAAC